CUCAACCUCAUGACCAGUGUCUCGGUUCUUCAUCUACUCGAUGCCUUUACCGCCCGUCUUCUACCACUACUUCCACACGCCGCUACCAUAUACGCGAACCCUUCUGCUCCAAGAAAAGAUACAUCAACUUCAGCUUGCUGCUCGUCGCUCAUCGUCUCAUCAUGACAUCCUGCUUCUACUCGAACACCGUCCAGUGUACACGUCCGGACGCCGGCAAACAGAACAAGAAUUGCACACAGAGCGUGCACGUCUGACAUCAAUUGGCGCAGAUUUUGCUGUCGCAGCACGCGGUGGACAAUUAACAUACCAUGGGCCCGGCCAGCUCGUUGGUUAUCCACUCCUCGACCUCGCUCGCACAUCACCGGCGAUUGGCAUUCGUGAUUACAUUUGCAGAAUGCAAAAGAUGAUACAAUCUUAUUUGCAGCGUACGCACGGGAUUACUCAUGUACCAUCAGACCACACUGGUGUAUUUUUGGACCCUGCAACAAAGAUAGCAAGUAUUGGCGUUCAAGUGCGCCAUCGGCUUACGACGCACGGAUUUGCAAUGAACGUCACCGAGGAGCCUUUAGAAUGGUUCAGACGCGUUGUGGCGUGUGGGUUAGCUGACGUGAAGGCUGGAUGCAUAGUGGAAGCAGAGGGAAAGAAUGUGCGGGUGGAGGAUGUGGUGCCAGGUAUCGUUGAUGCGUUUGGUACUUUAUUCGAGAGAGAUAUGGUGAAGUUAUAUCCCCAGAACGCUGGCGAGCUUGGGGAGGCUAUUCUUGCGUUAGAGGAAGAUGCCCUGGCUGCUGGAGAAUGGUUGAGGGUACCUUCCUAAAACCACUGGGAGCUUUAUUGAUCAUUUGCAUUCACGAUGCACUCAUGUAAUUUGCCGAUCUGCAGGUGCGUGACAAGGUCACUACCACUAUUAGGUAGCCUACCAAGUAU